AAAUCAGUUUGACAUCUGUUGAGUUUGACAUGAGUUUUUGUUAUUCCAGGAUCCAGUGUUGCAGUUUAAUUCAGAUAAUUCAACGUUGAUAAAGCACGCGACAACUUACUGCACACACAGCACGUGCUCGUUACCAAGGUAACAGAUAUUACAGCUCACUUAACACGUGACAAGAAAGAAGAUGACGUCACUUCAGGGAUCGAGCAGGACUUUGCUCUGCAGCUUCGUUAUCUUCCUCAGUAGCUUCACACAUCUCGACUGUGGAGGUGAUAACGAGGUAUCAGCCCCGGAUUAUCUGAUAGAGCUCUACAACAAGUUCAACAGAGGAGUCGGAGAAGUGGAGGAGGAGGAAGAGAACGCUAACAAGAUAUUCACAUUUUACAGAUCAGGUGUGACAGAAUUGGAAGGUUUCUAUUUACCACAAAAAGCGAAAUUGGAUUUUAAUAUAUCAGCUUUUAACAGAGAGGAUAGAAUCUUAGCUUCAAAUCUGAGAGUAUUUGUGGGCGAUAUAAGUGAGAGUAUACCUUUAACAAAAGAGGGCUCCGUUACAGCCGUAACAUUGAAAACGACCUGUAAAACGAGAAUAUACGACCGCUCAGAUGUUUUACUGGUGAAAGGAAGGGUUUGGAGACAUACUAAACAGCUGAAGAAGUCAGACACUGGACAGUGGAUAAAGAUCAAAGUAAGCUCCAUAGAACGCACCCUAAAUAACCUCACCCCCUACCGACACUUCUACCACUUCGUGGUGCGCUGCUCCAUCACCACCCAGCUCAGUCAUGGUUACCUGGACAAAUACGGGGGCAGAACCCCUAUCUUCAGCAUCUCCAGGAGCAAGGAGCCAACUCUGGUGGUGUACACAGUGAAUAACUCAUCUAAGCCCUUUAGAGAGUACAUGAGGAGUAACCAAGAGGGAAGACAGGCCGCUCUCCCGGGGGAGGGAGACCAGGGAGUGCGAGCUAGCAGGGGCUUCCAACAUAGGUGUGUCCUCAUGGAUCUGUAUUUAAACUUCACUAAACUAGGCUGGGGCAGUAAGAUAAUCCACCCGCUAGAGCUAAAGAUAAAUCAGUGUGCGGGGCAGUGUCCCUACCCUAUGUCCCAUGCCAUCGACCACUCAACCAGUGCUCUCUUUAGAGGGGCCUGGUACAAGAAAUUCCCGGACUCGGUAGCCAGGCCCUGCUGUGUACCUUCCACUUACAAGCCUGCUACUCUAAUGUUGAGUGGUGAUCACGUGACUGUGCUUAAAAAGUUUGAUGAUUUGAUUGUCAGUAAAUGUAAGUGUUUGUAGUAGGAGUUCUGAGGAACGUUUGAUGUUAUACUGUGGAACAAUUUGUUUAAAUUACCGCAGUUGAUGUGUUUUUAUGGUCAAAGAUUGAAGACUUCUUGGGCUUAACUAAACUGUGUAAACAUUUUAAGCAGUUUUGCAGGUUACAGAGAAAUUGGCUAGUUUUAUUGUUCAGCUGAAAGUGAAACAGAGUUGUUCUGUUUAGUUUCACUUCAUUACUUACCGGUAGUGUUACUUAUUUUAGUGCUUACUGUUAUUUUGUGGUUUUCAUGUUACCUCUUAAAAUAUAGCUUAUUUUGAUGACAAUACUGAAUCUGCAAUCAAUUGAAUUUUUUGUAAUUUAUCUUAUGAACCGCAAUUUUUACUUCC